GCCUUGAUUACUGCAGUAAUGCUGAAGUUGGUGUUAAUAAUAGUUGGAUUCGUUUCGGUGGCCGCCAACGAUGAUGGCUGCAAUGAGAUGGUCUGCGGCUCAGUGGUAUCCAAGUGCCUGCUCACCCAGAGCUGUCAGUGCAAGCUGAACGACUGCCAUUGCUGCAAGGAUUGCUUGAAUUGCUUGGGCGAACUGUAUACGGAGUGUUGCGGCUGCUUGGAUAUGUGUCCGAAGCACAAGGACGUCUCGGCCGCAUUGACGCUUCGCUCGGAGAUAGGCGACGUCGAUGGUGUACCCGAGCUGUUUGACACCCUAACUGCCGAGGACGACGAUCAAUGGUCGACCAUUCGCAUACCAAUGCGUGUUGGCUUCAAGCAGCGCAUGGAAGGUGAAUCCAAUCUGAUCAGUCUGCCCAGGCACCGGCCAGCCGACACCGUCAACUGCACUGUCAUCUAUGUCAACUCGUGCAUCCGAUCGAACAAAUGCAAGCAGCAGUGCGAGAGCAUGGGUGCCAAUAGCUAUCGCUGGUUCCACGACGGCUGCUGCGAGUGCGUGGGUGCUCAUUGUCUGAACUAUGGCAUCAACGAGAGCCGUUGCAGCUCCUGUCCGGAGCAGGAUCUGCUCACAGCGGAUGCUGCCAGCUCGGAUGCUGAACAGGAUCUGGAGCGCAUAUUUGGCUUUGAAGAUGAUGCGCCCAACGACAUGUGGGACUAUGUCGAGGACGAGGACAUGGAUUAGAUUAUGCCUAGCUGUUUCAUUAACUGUUUUCUACUCAUUUACACUGUCCAACAAAUUGUACAUAACCAAAUAAACCAAACUUUUAUC